AUGGAUGGUGACAGCUCGACAACAGAUGCUUCUCAGCUGGGAAUUUCUGCAGACUAUAUUGGAGGAAGUCAUUAUGUUAUACAGCCACAUGAUGAUGCUGAGGACAGCAUGAAUGAUCAUGAAGACACAAAUGGUUCAAAAGAAAGUUUCAGAGAACAAGAUAUCUAUCUUCCAAUCGCAAAUGUGGCGAGGAUAAUGAAGAAUGCCAUACCUCAAACAGGAAAGAUUGCAAAAGACGCCAAAGAAUGUGUUCAAGAAUGUGUGAGUGAGUUCAUCAGCUUUAUAACCUCGGAAGCCAGUGAAAGAUGCCAUCAGGAGAAAAGGAAGACAAUCAACGGAGAGGACAUUCUUUUUGCCAUGUCUACCUUGGGUUUUGACAGCUACGUAGAACCUCUGAAAUUGUACCUUCAGAAAUUCAGAGAGGCUAUGAAAGGAGAGAAAGGAAUUGGUGGUGCAGUCACAGCUACAGAUGGCCUAAGUGAAGAGCUCACUGAGGAGGCAUUCGCUAAUCAGUUACCGGCUGGCUUAAUAACUGCAGAUGGUCAACAACAAAAUGUUAUGGUUUAUACAACAUCAUAUCAACAGAUAUCUGGUGUUCAACAAAUUCAGUUUUCAUGA